GAAGCUCGCGCUGCUAGCAAGAUGGCGGCGGCUCCUUAACGUCAUUAGCCGUUAGCUUAGCUACGGAAACUGUAAAAUUCAAACAUUUCGGUAAUUAUUUUAAUCUAACGGGAUGACGAAGUUAAACCGCAUUAAACUGGAUGGAUUCAUGGCGGAGUUUGAUCGACUGGAGCAGAAUAUUACAGAGCUUAAUAGUAAAAAAAACAUGCUGGAGAUCAGGUUGGAGGAUUCCAACAGACUGGUGAAACUUUAUCUAAAUAAGGAGGAGAGUCUAAUUGAAGAGAAGGAGAGCCUCCUCGCCACCGUGGACCAGCUGCAGCAGACUCUGCAGGAACAGUGCGACCUCAGAGUGGAGAACGAGAGACUGAGGAAGGAGAUUAUUCAUCUGAAAGAGGAGAAUGAAAGAACAGCAGAGGUAGGGAAGGUUGAUGUUCAGCAGCUGCUCAGCAAGAUGACAGCAGAUAAAGACCAACACCAGAGGGCGCUGGAGGCCAUAAAACAUCAGUGCAACUGGGAGGUGGAGGAGGCCCACAGGGAGGCUCUGAGGCAGAUGGAAACUAAAGAUGCCGAGGUGAAGAGGCUGCUGGAGGAGAAAGAUCUGGACCUAGACGAGAUAAAAAACAGGCUGAAGGAUCAGGAGAGGGAGAGGCAGAGCGAGCUCCUCAAGUUACAGAUGGAGUUUGGUGCGAAGUUAGCUCGAGUUCAGAGUUCAGCUCAGAGGAGCCAACAGCAGCAGCUUCAUGGAUCCAACCUUCUUCCACAGAGUGUCUUUAAGAGGAAGCUGCAGUUUUUCCAGGAGGAGAAGAAUAAAGAGAUUGCGUCUCUACGUCAGAGAAUCAAGGAGCUGGAAGAGAUCCAGCGCGCCAUGAGCGUCGGCAGCAGCAGCCAUGUGAAGAGGAGGAAGUUCUAGUUUGACAGGAGGCCACCUCCAUCAGACACGUUCACAAAUGUUCCGAGUUCUCCUUUAACUGAGUUUAAUAGAAAAAGUUUGAAUUGAUCUUCUGAGCGCUGGAGUUGCGUAACCCUGGUGUGGGUCCUCUGUCUUCACUGCUCUGCUCGCAGGUGACCGGUGCCCUCUGUGGGAGCUGUAAUCCAAUUAGAGUCCUGCAGAGAAGGACCAGGGAGGUAGCUGAAUGAAUGCCAGCUGGAACACUCAUCCUGUUCAUGCAGUUACAGCUUCACCUGUUUCCGUUCAGAGAAAUAAAUCAAUUCAUUCCAAAACGUCA